UCUGUGCAGUUGGUGUUGGUGUUUUUGUUAUUUCCAAAUAAAAUAAAUGAUAUAAGAAAUCAACAAGAUGCAGGACUACAUCAAGAUAAUAUUCAUCAUAAGCGGCGGCGUGCUGACAUUCGUCAUCCUAUUCAUUUUCGCGAAGAGACAGAUUUAUCGCUUUGCACUUCGAUCCCGUAGAGGCCCACACGUUCCGAUUGGAACUGAUGCUAAAAAAUGCCUGAAGAAAGAGAUCGAGCGACGUAUCGAGGCGGUGCCGCGCAUCACGCAUGAGCCUCGCCUUCUGAGCGCCGAGCCCUCGCACUACAUCCUGGAGCCCCAGCAGCCCUAUCACUACCGCUUCCGAGCUGUGGACGAUGUUAAGACGCUAGAGGAUGAGAUAGCCCACCAAGACCCAGGCCUAAGGCGGCACCCUCGCGAAUCCCUCCGCGCUUUCCUGCUCUCAUCUCUAGCGGCGCCACUCGACGGUCGCGGCCAGAAGCUGGUGCAUCAGUUCUGCGAUACUUAUGAAUAUGCUCGUCAUCACCCUGGAGAGUUUGGAGACGACGAGUACCAGGCAUACAGCAGGCUGCUUCUGAAGCUGUUGGAUGCCGCCCGUCUUCUAAAGAGCGUGGGCGCCUGUCGCUCGCCUCGCGCCAGCCCGCUGCGGCGACCCGCGAGACUGUUGGACGCGGCGCGGCUGCGGCCCGGCGCGCUGCCCGCCGCUAAGCUGCCCGCGUUGCACAAACACUACACCGCACUCGAGAACAUGCCAAUAGAGUCCAAAUUAGAGGACGAGGUGAUCCGCGUGGCGGUGAAAAGCCCGGGGCCCGCCGCGCCCGCACCCGCGCCCGCUGACGAAACGCCCGUGUGA